AUGGUCCAAAGCGCUGCAAGAGCCAGCUCCGGUAGUUCCAGCCGUGAAUACGGCAUCACAUUCGAAUGUGCGCCUCCCUCAGCCGUUCGUCCCGGAGUUCCCUUCACCCUACCGGUGAUCGUUGCGGUUCGACCUGUCGGCGCUCCCCGAGACAGUUCUGUGCAGCAGCUGGUAGUGAAUGUGUCGCUACGAAACGAGUCAGGAACCGCAGCUUGUCCUGGGCUGACCGGCACAUUGACGUCGAGUGUGCGCAGCCGUCAUGGAAACACUACGACUGGGUUUGGAAGAUUCAACCGGCUCACCAUUGCGCAGCCAGGACGAUAUCGGCUGCGAGUAAUGCUGGGCGCUGCGUCUGCCAACGGAGUGACGACACGAGAUUAUAUCGACUCGGGUGUCAUUGAGGUUCAUGCUGGUGCUCCGGCAGCUCAGAGGCCUACUCCAUCGCAGGUCACCAAACUGCAAAGCCUCAUCCCAGAGAACAUUGACCUGUCGGCAAGUGAUAUUGCAGCCUGGCAGCAAGCUUAA